GUGCAGAAUAAAUUCCCCGUGGUCGACAUUUGACCAUUUUCUCGAUUCCUGUUCCUGUUCGUCCCAUCUUCUAGGUUGGCUCAUGAUCAGACGGUAGAUGUCAAAAGCGGAUCUUUGGUUUCUUAGAAGCGAGCAGAGUGAACCGUCAGCUUAGCGUUCGUUAAUGCAGCCUUCACCAUGGCGGAUACACUGCUGCACCUCAAUAACUCGCAAUCCCAGACGAUACUAUGGCUGCUGGAGGAACUCGGGGUGCCGUACAAUAUCAAACCCCUUGCGCGGGUGCGGUCUGGGAUGCGACAGGGACGCGCGCCCGAAAACCUGAGGGAGACGCAUCCGCUGGGCAAAUCCCCACAACUCAUCACUCCCGAAGGGCGCGUUCUCGUAGAGCGAUCGGCCAUAACAAUGUACCUAGUGAACCGAUACGACGAAGGCCGGCAAUUCCAGAUUCACCCCGACCAGCAAGACCCGACAAACGACGAGCUCCGCGAACAGAUGCUCAUCGGCUUCGCCGACGCCAGUUUUAGCUCGAUCGUCAUCAUGACCAUGAUGUUACACUGGACGGCGAAGCUCUCACCCUUUUUCGUAAGGCCCAUGGCGGCCGGGAUAGAGUCCGUUUUGACGAAGGGGUAUCUGGGCGAGGAGAUGGUGAUCCAUUUCAAGUACAUAAACAAUGAGCUCGAGGCGCGGAAUUAUUUCAUGGGGCAGCAGAAUCCGACGAGGGUGGAUUUCAUUAUGCUUUGGUACGUGCAUUUGGUUACGAAGACGGGGGUGGUCGAUUUGGCGCCGUAUCUGAAUCUGAGGAAUUGGGUUGCGAGAUGUGAGGACAGGCCGGCGUGGAAGAGGGCGUUGGAGAAGGGGAAUGAGUAUGUCAUGAGGAUUUAGGAACGGUUGGCAAUGGAGCAAGCAGGCAGAUAGACUGGCAGGCGAAGAUGCAGAGCCGCUGUGUGAUGUUGCGAUUUAGGGGGCUUGGGCUAGGGCUGGGCAAUGAAGCGAAGAGAUACCCACAUGGUUUGGCUAGC